AUGUUGGUCCUUCGCAGGUGCACUCUGACGGCCUCAGUUCUUCCGCUCAAGUUUUCAGGCCUAGCGGUCCAGUGGUGGGCAGUUCUUCCGCUCGAGUUUCAGGCAGGGAAAGAGGCGACAAGAGGGGGCGAGAGGAAAGCGAUGGCCGUUCUUCAAACCAGGGCAGUGCUUCAAAUCAUGGCAGUUAUUCAAUUCAAGGUUCUUCCAAUCAAGUUUCUUCAAAUCAAUUGGGCAGUUGUUCCAACCAGGGCAGUCCUUCAAAUCAAGGUUCUUCCAAUCAAGUGUCUUCAAACCAGGUUGGAGCUUCGUCAGAGGUUGGUGCGAGUGCGGACCCAACAGUGGAAGCUUCGUCAGAGGUUGGAGCUUCGUCAGAGGUUGGCGCUUCGACAGAGGUUGGAGCUUCAAAUCAAGGUUCUUCCAAUCCAGUUUGCUCCAAUCAAGUUUCUUCCAAUCAAGCUUCGUCCGAGGUUGGAGCGAGUGCGGACCCAACAGUGGAAGACAGAGAUCCUGAGGAGAUGUGUGAGGAGAUGUUUGAGGAGAUGUUUGAGGAUGUAUGCCAGCAUCUCCUUCCGAGGCCACAUGUGGACCCGAGUCGACUGCGAGCGUACAUGA